UGUUCAUCAAUGGGAUGGAACCGCUGUGCUGUAGCUCGAGUCUGCGCAGUGAGGCUGGGUCAUAGUUGGGUGCAGCUCCACCAGAGGAGGAAGCGGAGUUUCCGGCUGUUUGCAGCGGAGGGUGAGGAUUGCUGACGCCGCGAAACCCCGAGAAAAAACGCCGCCGGCUCGGGGGGCUACCAGUUUGUGAUAUCCUUAGUGGUGGUGGUGUUUUAUACCGGGGGAUCUGGGGGCUGGUGAUUUUCUUUACGCACCGAGGGAGUCCGACAGCUAACCGAGCAAAGAAGCGGUACAAGGCGGGGGUGAGCCACCAGCUACCGGCAUGGCCAGGGACUACGAUUACCUCUUCAAGCUGCUCAUCAUCGGUGACAGCGGAGUGGGGAAGAGCAGUCUCCUCCUGCGAUUUGCAGACAACACAUUUUCAGGUAGCUAUAUCACCACGAUCGGUGUGGACUUCAAGAUCCGGACAGUGGAGAUCAAUGGGGAGAAGGUGAAGCUACAGAUCUGGGACACAGCAGGGCAGGAACGUUUUCGCACCAUCACCUCAACAUAUUACAGGGGAACACAUGGGGUCAUAGUGGUAUAUGACGUCACGAGUGCUGAGUCCUUUGUCAAUGUAAAACGAUGGUUACAUGAAAUCAACCAGAACUGUGACGACGUGUGCCGAAUAUUAGUGGGAAACAAGAACGACGACCCAAACUCUAAGGUGGUCGAGACGACUGACGCACAGAAGUUUGCAGAGCAGAUGGGAAUCAGCCUUUUCGAGACGAGUGCAAAAGAGAACGUAAAUGUUGAAGAGAUGUUCAACUGCAUCACGGAGCUAGUGCUAAAAGCCAAGAAGGAAGUGCUAGCCAAGCAGCAGCAGCAGCAACAAAACGACGUGGUCAAACUCACCCGGAACAGUAAACGAAAGAAAAAGUGCUGCUAACAAACUCGAAGCCAUCCACAGAAAAGCGGGCGGCAUCUUCACAUGCAUAUACACACAUACACGAUGGGACUCAGAGCAUCUAAAUUAAAGAGCAGAUAAAGAUUUAAUAAAUAUAUGGUGAAAGAUUUAAAAAAAAAAAAAAAAAAAAGAUGGCAAAAAUGUCCCCUUUGGACAAACUAAUCAUGAAGACUUUAAUAAAAACAAAUUGUACAGAUUUUAUUAGACAUCAGAUCAAGUUUUAUUUGGAAUUCAGCAGAUGGGCACUAUUGACCUGAGGUCCUACUUUUUUGUUCAAGGAUCUGCAAGCUGACAACUGACAGCUAUAAUGCUCCGAUUUGUAUCCACUUCCACAACCCUGUUUCUCUCACAUCAGUAUGUCAUCUCUCCUUCUCAUUCCACUGCACACGGGACAUUCAGAGUCAGGUUGGACUCUGCGUCUGAGGAGGAGGAGGGCUCACCUUUCCUGGAUUUAUUUGGGUUUGUUUUCUGGGGGGGAGGGAGGGGAGGGGGGGCAGUUAUUGGAACAGGUGUCUCUCCACUGAACAUGUCCAUUGAACGUUUCUGUGUUACGAUGGCUUCACGCCAACAGAUCAUGAACUUGUAGGUUUUGUUUUAUUUGACUUGUUGGGGGGGAAAAAAUCACUUGGAGGAGGAGAAGGAUGAUUGGUAGUCAACCUUUAGCAACUAAACUGAUGGACAGAACUGGUGACUUUUUUCUUCUUUUUUGUCUGUAUUUUGCCAAGUUUUCCCUUGUUUCCUUUCUAACUUCCAGUAGUGCUGAGCCAUCCAUAAUAUAUUUUUUAUUUUUUUUAUUUUUUUUUGAGUGCAGUGGAGCAGUUGAACCACUCUUGGAGCUCUGGGACGUCGAGCUCCUCGUGCACCUUUCACUGCAGUCUUACUAUGCUUUCAGAGUUUGCUUUAAAACCUUUCCCCAAAAUCUUUUUUUUUUUUUUUUCCUUUUUUUUUUUUUAAAACCGUGAUACUGCCAAUAUUAUAUAUAUAUAUAUAUAUUAAAAAAGAAAUAUUAGGAGCUGCAGCGCCUCUCAUUGGACUGUUGCCAUAGUGGCCAGUGGCUGGCCCAGACAUUUGGUGAAUUGAGUCCUCAGGAAGCGCUUCCUCCAUCCCUCUCCCUCUUUUACUUCUUUUUUCCUGCAGCAACCAGCCUUCUCUCCCCUGAUGCCCACAUAUCAGCACCCAUCUCAGUGAUGGACUCCUGCAUUUGGUCCAGCGACGGUGCAUGGAAGCUCUGCGCCAAGACACCUGUGCAACCACCCAAACCUCCCAAAUACAUUGCAGACUGUGGUUUUCAAUCUUGUGUUUUUGAGCAUGUAACACUGUUUGACUGGGUGUGUUUAGAAAAAAAAGUUAUGCCAUGCAUUUUAGCUUUCAAACUGUCCUGGAUUUCCUGCGUUUUCUCUUGCAGAAUAUUCUAAACAGUCGACUAAAGCUUUAUCGCUUUGCUUUUCAUGGUCAUGACCUGCACUACCUGCUCAAAUUGAAGUGUUACAGGACAGUGUUUUUUGGCGACCCUCCACGUUGAGAGCGUGGUGCGCAGUGGGACUGUUAAUAUACCGGUAAGAACAAAUGGGGAUGAACUGCAGCACUGGAUCCGCUCCCUCCCCGCCAGGAUUUGCCACAGAGGCCGAAGCGUUGUACAAUGUCUUACUGACAUUUUUUUUUUUUUUUUUCCUGUCUUUGGAAUUGGGAGCGAGCUUGAUGUUGCACAAGCUUCUGUCGGAAACACUUUGUUUUCCUCCUCUGGGCAGCCUCUGGCAGCUGGUUUGGGAUCCCGAUACGUGUCGAAAGGUCACCGCGACCUCAAGGGCCUCGAAAUGAUAUCAAAUCUCACACUUUAUGAUUUCUCUUCAUUAUGUGUAUGUAUAUAUAAAUAUAUUUGUGUGUUUAUAUUCAAUAUAGAACAUACACACAUGAUUAGCACACCAACUGCACAUGUGUUAACAUGGGCCGUGUGCUGUGGUUGAAAGACACUUGUCAGCUGUGGUUUGCUGUACACUGGAGACAAAGAUGUACUAUUCAUUUUUCCCUACAUGAAUUUAAUCAGUAAUAAACGUUUUAAAAGAAUAAAUAUUUGACACAAAA